CGCUCUUUACUCAGCUGUUGUCACCAUCAAGUUUUUGCUAAGCUCGGUUAUUUAGUUUCUCAAUCAGACUUCAUGUAAUGUGUUUAGUUAAUUUGUUUUAUGUUGAUAUUAAUAACAAAAUCUAAUUUACCAUGUUUAAAAGUUUUUCUAAAUAGUUUGAUCUUUGAAUGAUUUUCACCUUUUCAAUGAUGACUUCAACGCUGAAAACUAUUGUGAGCAAGAAGAAAAAGCGUUACCAGGCUAAUGGAUUUGACUUGGAUCUUUCAUAUAUCCUACCUAACUUAAUUGCUAUGGGGUUCCCAGCUGAAAGGUUUGAGCGUGUUUUUCGUAACAACAUUGAAGAUGUUGUAAAAUUUAUGGAAGCCAAACAUAAGGAUCACUAUUUUAUUUACAAUCUUUGUUCUGAAAGGAGCUACGACCAUUCGAAAUUUCAUAAUAGAGUGGCUGUCUUUCCAAUUGAUGAUCACAAUCCCCCUCCUUUUGAAUUAAUUAAACAAUUCUGCCAAGAUGUUAAUAGAUGGUUAAAAUUGGACUCUAGAAAUGUUGCUGCAAUUCAUUGUAAAGCAGGUAAAGGUAGAACCGGUGUUAUGGUCUGUGCAUAUAUAAUUCAUACAAACAAAGAAAUGGAUGCAGACUCAGCAUUAAAUUUAUAUGCCGAGAAAAGGACCCACAAUAGAAGAGGUGUCACAAUACCAAGUCAACGGAGGUACGUUCACUAUUAUGAAAGGCUAGUCAAAAGUGGCAAUGAAUAUAAGAAAACUCCACUUUACCUUCGGUGUAUUCGAAUGGAUCCAAUGCCACUCUCUCUUAAAACAAAUUUAGCACCUUCGAUAGUUAUUUGGGAAGGUAAACAAAUUGUUUUCAAAGGAUGUUUACAGUGGAGAAGAUGGCAAGACUCUGGUAUUUAUGGAGAAUUUCAUUCUCCACCAAGAUUGAACGGUGACAUUAAAGUGGAAGUUUACAAUGGAAAAGUCGAUUUCAGUGCAAAUCAUAACAAAGUGAAAGGGGAUAGAUUAUUUACUUUUUGGUUUAAUACUUUUUUCGUGAAAUUAGAAUCAUCAACAGUCACCUAUACUUCAAUACCUUCAAUACAAACACCGUUGGCAACAAAUAAAACUAAAACACUUAACAUCUCUAAACCUGUACCAAUCCCUUUGUCAACAGAUCCUAGUAACACUUUAGGCACUCCAUCAACCAAUAAUGGAAAAGUUCCAGGAAAAUUUAAGGUAACCUCAUCACCACCGUCUCCAUCAUCUUCUCGAUCGCGGUCACGCUCAACCACAAAUUUUUUCGUAAUGAUGCUUAACAACUUGGAGAACUCAACACCUCGCGAUGAAAAUAAAUCAUCAAGUGCUUCCUCUCAUAUUAAUUGUGGUACAAUUUGCAUAUCACCAUCAUCAAAUCUCACUUCCAAUUAUAACUGUGUUACAAUACCUAAAGUGAAUGGAAUUGCAUUCAACUCUAUCUCAGAUCAAUCCUCUUCACCACAAGCAACCAAAGGGAAACCAUCGAUUUAUAACUCAUCUUCAUCAUUCAACUCAUCUUCUAUCGACCCCAGGAAAAACUCACUUUCUGGUUCAAAUACAAGUGAAAUAUCUCAAGAAGAUUUCACUUUAAAUCUUAAAAGAGAAGACCUGGAUAAAUUAAGCAAAAGUCUCAAUCCUGAUUUUCAAAUUAUGCUACAAUUCAAUGAAAAUUUAGAGCCUAAACAGAGAGCCCAUUUAGAGUCCAACAACCUGUCGGCCAAUAGUUUAGCUAUUCGAAGAAAAUCUUUCCACACAUUGGAUCGUGGUCGCUAUGAACCAAGCAAAAACGAAUUCCUCUUGGUCAACCCUGAAACUCUUAAUGGACCCAAUCUGCACCGUAGUUUUAUCGCUGACACUGAUCUUGUAGUAACUGACGGGGAUACCGGAGAAAGUGAUGAUGAUUAAAUGCCAAUUAAUUGCGGGAAGAAACAUCAACUCAAGUAAAGAUGAAAAUGGCAAAAGGAGUAGUUUAAGUUCAACAAAAAACUAAAUCCAAAAGUAAAGACAAAGGAAGUAAGCAAGGAACUGUUGAAUAGCCAGCGACCUUUGAGAUGAUAGCUAUAUUUUAUAAUUAUAUUUCAAAUAUCUACUAAGGAUAAAGUGGAUGAAACAAAAAAGUACAAUCUUCAUCUUAAACAAAAUACAUCUUGUAAUGGAAAAAAAAUAUCGAAAAUUUGUUGUGAAUUUCAUCGAUCUUACUCUAUAUAUAUAUAUAAAAAUUUCUCUCUGUCCUUUAUCCUAAAUCUUUUUCCUUCCCCGUUCAAAUUGCACAGUCUUGACCUCUCUUUUUUUGCCUCUCAUUUUUUCCUCAAUUUUUCAUUAUUUGGCUUGUCUGUUAUAUUUCUAUCAAUUUGUUAUUUUCUUGCUUGAUUAACGCACCUUGUCAUCAUGUCCAAUCUAGGCUAAACUUCAAAUUUUUUGCUCUCAUAGGUUUUUUGUAUACUAUUCUAUUUACCUCACUUUGGCAGAAAUUUUGACAAGAUUGUGCGAUAACUUACCAUCAUCUCUAUCUUCUGUAUCUUCCUUUAUCCUUUCUCUCUCUCUCUCUCUUCCUAAGUAUCUUGUCUAAACCCUUUUUAUAUUUUUUCCUUUCUUUAUUGCCCAGUGAUUUUCAUCUAUUCGCACUCGCCACCAUUUUCACUGUCUAUCUCUGUAAUUCUGACUUUCUACAUCAUUUUCCUCUCUCUUCUCUCUACUUUGUUACCAUAUUUCUUUACCCUUUACCCCUAUUUCCCUUAGUUAGGGGCAAACAAAUUAUAAAAUUGUUCAAAUUACAAGUUUUUUCACUAAUUAACAGAUCAUUAUGUGCUCACCAAAAAUA